UAGAACUUUGGAAGGCCACCUGUCCUAUUAUGAUUUUUAUCACAACAUCUGUGUGAUUCAGAUUCAGUCUCCUUUCCAUCUGCCAGAAAAAAGAUUUAGUUCAAAUAUGGAGGCGAUCAACUUUGACAAGAUCUGUUCAAGAGAUGUGGUUACAUUGGGUCGUGACAGAGAGUAUCGUCACUUACUGGUUACUACAGGAAAGAUUGUUCCAAAAAGUAGCAAGUUUGACUGUGACGAACUUUUAGUAUCAACAUGCAGGAUUUCAAGGGUAGAAGUUGGGGGUCCGCUGAUGGACUUAGAAGGAAAUUUCAUUGGGAUGAACUAUUAUGACGCUAAGGAAACUCCUUUUGUGCCAAGUUUCAUUGUGUUGAAGUGUUUGCAGAAGUUCAAAUUAUUCCGUACUAUUGUAAGACCAUGGCAUGGGCUACGAGUUAAAACUCUUCAUGCAGAAGGAUCUAUUGCACAUGAAAAGAUGCAAACGAACUCCCAUGGGGCCUCUGGUGUUAUUAUUGAGAAGAUUGAAGAAUAUUCUUUUUCCAAAGCAUCUAGUUUGAAUGAAGGGGAUAUCAUCAAUCAAGUCAAUGGUGUUUAUGUCUCUAAUGCAGCAGAGCUUGGUGGCAUACUGCUGGAUAUAGGUACUUAUCGCAUGGACAACCCGAGCUCUGACCUUGCAGACUCCAACAAGAUGGCAAUAUGCAUUAAGUUUGGUCUGAGGAACGGUAAACAUGAAAGAACGAUUGUCGUUAACAAGCUUACAACCGGUGGUUUAAACAAGUGGCCUUUUCCAAAGCCAAUAAUUCUUAAGACCUAUGUAGGCGGGAUACUUCAAGACGAAAAAUGGUAUGCAUGGGAAUCCUUCUCAUGGAAAUCCUCAGAGUCUAGCAAUAAACCAAUGGUCCUGGGACCUGGGUAUCAAACUCUUGGAUGCCAGAAUUGUGUAUGGAUUUCAUUCUAGGACGAGUACAUGUACUCUCUUAUUUCUUGUUGCCAGCAUUCUGAGCUUUUGGUUGACGCAAUUUUGUCCAUAUUAGAAUUUUAAAAACUGCCAGUAUGGACAUAUGAGCAGCAUAUGAAUUUGCCAAUGGAACAUGCUCCCUCCUAUUGUCUUAAAUAUAAGGUGUUAGGAUAACUUGAUGUAUUUGGAACCGGAGUAUCAAUUAUUUUGAAACUCCUGCCAACAAAUUAUGUAGA